GCAGAGAGCCAAUGAGCGCAAGCCACAAUUGGAGCAAGGGAGCUGACGCGGAAACUACAACCACACUUACCGGCAUGUAAAUACAACCGAACUGCGCUUUACAUAGACAACGUUUACUGAUGUUUAAUGGUAACUCCACCUCGUUUUGAUGAGAGGGAAUCGAACUGUGUCCCGAUGUGAAAGAGGUGUCUGCAGUGAAUGGUAGAGAUGCUGUCCACAGGUCCACAGCUGCGGCUGCUGCAGCUUCUCUCCUGUGUUACUCUGCUUUUACUCUUUAAAGGCAGCAGCGCCAAGAGGGAUUUCAAAAGCGCCUGCAGCACAUGUCAGAAAAUCACUGAAGACUUCAGCAAGGGCUUUGAAAGAACAGCAAAGCAGAACUUUGGUGGAGGCAACACAGCCUGGGAGGAGAGGAAGCUGUCCAAGUAUGAGACGAGUGAGAUUCGUCUGAUGGAGAUUGUGGAGGGCCUGUGUGACAGCAGCAGCUUCGAGUGCAACCGCAUGGUAGAAGAGCACGAAGAGCAUUUUGAGACGUGGUGGUUCAAGAGGAAAACAAAACAUCCUGAUCUGCAUAAGUGGUUCUGUGUUGAAACCAUCAAAGUGUGCUGUCCAAAGGGAACGUUCGGUCCGGACUGCAACGCCUGUGUCGGGGGCUCUGAGAGACCAUGCCACGGAAAUGGAAUGUGCGAUGGCGAUGGGUCUCGUGGAGGGGACGGAAAGUGUAGCUGUAACCACGGUUACGAGGGGGAGUUCUGCCUCGACUGCAUUGAAGGCUACUUCAACGAAGUGAGGAACGACACCUUCUCCCUUUGCACUGAAUGCGACUCUUCUUGCAAGACCUGCAACGGAGGAACCAGUCAGGACUGUGAUGAGUGUAAGGACGGCUGGGAGGAGGACGAUCAGGAAACUUGUGUCGAUGUGAACGAGUGCUCCCAAGAUGCUUCUCCGUGUGAAGAAGAUCAGUACUGUCUCAACACAGAAGGCUCCUACUCCUGCAAACCUUGUGAUAAAGUCUGCUCUGGCUGCACUGGAGAAGGUCCUGAUAAGUGCCAGGCCUGUGCCGGCGGUUACGAGGACACAGAGGGCACCUGCACAGACAUGGAUUAG